AUGCCUUCAUUAAAAGCCUACACACCCUACGAGACUCUCGCGUUUUGCCAAUCGGUCGCUCGUCAUGGCUCCGACACGUCUGCCUUUGAGGACAUUGCAAAGUCGCUCAAUUCGAAUCACCUCAUCCGAGAGAGCGACGACUAUGACCAAACUCGAUUGACCGCUGCUGCUUUGGAAGGCUUGUACCGAGAACUCCUGGUUGAAGAGAAGAAAGCGAGCCGUCCGUCGGUCGAUGGUGAUGAUGGCAACCCGCGCAAACGAAAACUGUCCGCUUCACCUCCGCCUCUGUCCGAAAAUCAUGACCGAUCCGAGGAAGAGUUGCUGCAAUCUCUGGUGGAAAAGCUUUAUGCGCGGUUCCGAGAACAAACGAUCGAGGAAAUCCGGUUGGAAGAGGAGGCAUAUCGCAGGAUCGAAUCCGAAAUUGCCGAGCUAGAGAAGAAGAUCGAGGAAGAGCAGCAACAACAAGCCAGUGGUGAGGGAAAGAAAGCAGAAUCCGGACCCAAAGAUGUUGCGCCGAGGCCCUCAGACGCGCAAUCCAGCCCAGAUGCCGCUGCUGCGCAAUUACAGGCAGGUCUGGACGCCAGUCGAGCAGACCAGGCUUCAAAAGCAGUACCCUCUCCGACCACCGUACGUGUCUCGCAGCCACCACCUUCGACAGCUUCCCCUGCAACUCCCAGGGCCAUUCCGCCCGCGGAACCUGCUCAACCGCCCAAGUAUGGUCAAGCUCCAAGACCGACCAAAUCUGCGCAAGGCGUGUAUCCGCGGCCUUCACCACAGAGGCAGGACUUUGCGCCUAACAACCCACCGUAUCCUCCUCAAGGAUAUCCCGUGCAGAUGGUACCUCCGGUCCAUGGAAACAUGCCUCCUCCGGUUGAAUACCCGGGCACAAGACGGUCUCCGUCCGGUCAGGGCAGAGGAUCACCUGUUCACAUGCCACAGCAGCAAUUCGCGGCGUAUCCAGGCUAUCAACAACCCUGGCCUCAUCAUCCGCCGCAAAACUAUCCUCCACCACCUUAUCCCAAUGGCUACUAUCCGUACGGUACGCCGCAAAAUCCGCAGUAUCAAAUGUAUCACGGGCCACCCGUCCAAUGGACCGGCCAGCCUCCGGCACAAGUGUGGCAGCAUCCGCCGUAUCCUCCUCCCACUUCUGCCAAUGUGACUCCGGCUCCUAGGAGCACGCCGAGUCAGCAACUUACAGGCAGGUCGUCUACGCGGUGGAAACGGAGGUCGGAUUCCACCGGUGCUGCGCGCAAGUCGAGUCCCGUCCGGCCGAGCGAAAGAGAUGUCAGUCCCAUCUCUGAUGUCGAAUCGCCAUCGCGUUCGGCCAAGGUCGGGAAAUCAGCAGAGAAGAAUGACAACUUGCUGUCGGCGCAAGAUGUGAGAGGCAGACGCGGAGCGAGUGUAACUCCGGGCGUCGACGACUCACGAUCACAGUCCCUCGCAUCGUUCACCUCGGAAACCCCGACGGAAAAAAGACGAAGAGGACGGCCGCCUUCGAAGAUCAAGGCCGAACCACCGAGCACGCCCGCCCCGAUACCGUCUGACACGGAACCUCAGGUAGCAACAAGCCGCGGUAGACCGCAGAAGGGUACGGUGACUUCAAGAACCGAUCAGGUGCAGACAGCGGUCAAGCGGAAGCGUUCACCGGGUCGAGACUUGGCGACUCCUCCAUUACCGUCCCCGAGACGAGCCCAAACGCCUCGUGGCCCUUCCGACGACGUGGCACUGGUCAGUGUGUCCAAGAACUUCUCAAAGACUGCGCAACUGCUGAUGAACGAGAUCACAUCACACAAAUUGGCCGGAAUCUUUGCCAAGCCGCUCUCGGAGCGUGAUGCUCCCGGAUACAAAGACUUGGUGUUCCGGCCACAAGAUCUUAAGAGCGUAAAAGCUGCCAUCUCCAAAGGGGGAAAGGCGGCUCUCGCGGCCAUCGAAGCUCUCGAGGCAGAAGACAAGUCCGGCCAAGAGACUCCGACCAAGAACGCGCCAGUCCCUAGCUCGGAAACGGGAGAACGUUCCUUGGGCAAUGGCAUGUAUCUCGUGAAGAAGAGUGAGGACCUGACGCCACCCAAGGGCAUUGUAAACUCUUCACAGCUCGAGAUGGAGUUGGUGAGAAUGUUCGCGAACGCGGUCAUGUUUAACCCGCUGCCCACGUCCGAACGAGGUUUCGGUCGGUCUCUUCGUCCUAGAAAACGCGGUGGAGACGUUGUUGAUGUUGACGUUGACGUUGGAGCCGAUGUUCAAAGCAGAAGUUCCAGCGAAGGAAGUCCCAUGGACGAAGGUGGGAUCAUUUCGGAUGCUCGAGAAAUGUUCGAGGACGUCAUGGCUUCUGUGCGUAAGUGGCGAGAAGUCGAAAUUGAACGGCUUGGUGGUGCUGGCGACGAUGCGACGGGGUCCAACGUCAAGACAACGACACAUGGUCACGGCGGCGGCAAUACUAAUGCAAGACAAUCCAGUGUGAGCUCUGCUUUGAAUGACGAUGACGCUGGCGGUGACUCGGCGGCUGCCUCGACACCUGUCCCUGCGAGCGGUACGGCUAGAAAGAGGAGGCGAAUUGCGGAUUGA